AUGCUGCCAGCCGCUAGCUGUAGACCUUCCCUCUCGUUCACUCCUGCUUCAUGGCAGAAACUCGCCCCAGCAGGAGAGCAGCUAUCUGCCCUAUCUCUGUCUCGGAAUAGCGGCGGCGACAUUGGCGAGGCUGUCAUUCACCGGUCCAUGCCGGUGAGCAGUCUGCAUCAUUGGCCUAUGAAUCUCGCCACCUAUGGAACCCAGAGUGUGCCAGCCCCGCCGCGAGUGCUGCGGCAAACGGAAAGCGGAGCAGGGAUUCUUAUGCGGAACGCGGAUUUUACCGCGACCAAUACUAGCCUCCCAAGCGAUGAAUCUGAGGGAGAAAGCCUCGUUUCGCGGAUGGGUGAUCUCCUUGUUCUCUCCGGUGCGCCCCCAAGUACCCCGGCAGAACGCACAUCGUGGAACAUUCGGCGACCGUCGCACAAAUACUACCUUUGCGACACCCCAAGGGUAGACAGUGGGGACUUACCUGCUCUCCAUGGCGCCCUCAUGAGCCUCUACGAUGAUCAACUUCUUCCCACAGUGUUUACUCUUAAGGGACGACUUCGAGAGUCCGGGGCUUCGCAUCUAGCAAACAGCAACUUCAUUGUAAUGUAUGCUCUUUUCCCGAGCAUUUACCGCAUAGAGUGGAUACCUCAGCAGGGAGAACGCACCGUGUUUUUCACUGUCGACCCCCCAAACGCGCGAGGAUGGAUAGACGUAAACAACUUCCGUGACCCCUAUCCCACCUCGAUGUGGACAGAGUUCAGCGACUUCCUACAUCAGAAGUUUCUUCGUUCGGCGGCACCGAAUGGGAUCGGAGGCGGCCGAUACGGUUUAGCUAAGUAUUUGAAGCAGCUCGACCUGCCAUUUUUCAGAGGAUUCUCUCUUGGCCAACUUUGCCACGUCGUUCAACUGGCAAUAUCUUCCAAGUUCUUGCUUGCAUAUGAGGAUAACGUUCUCAAACCCAUCUCGGCGUGCUCGGUCUUCGCCAACGCUCUUCUCGGCCUGCCAGAUGAGAAAAGGCGAGGGAAGAAGUGCAUCACCGACAUAAGAGAGAUCCAGGUCUGCGUCGAACACCUGCUUCAACUGCAUCCCACCGGCUUCACUUUGUCGACCUUAAAACGCAAGCUGAAAGCAAUAUUUGGGCGCGAGCUAUGCCAGACUAUUUUCCACUGCGCGAAGCUUGUUGAUCUGAUGCAUCUGCCGGAGCUCCGAAAGGUCUGCCGCAUUUCCAAGGCACAUCAGGGUGCUGCCCCUGGAAGACCCCUCGUCAAUAAAGCCCACGGAAAAUCCAUCGCUUAUACGGCAACAACCCGACCAGUCAUGCCCUGCAAAAUUGUUGCCACCGUCCUCUGGCGAUUGGUCGGGGACUUCCAAACACUGGAGCGUGGUUUCGUGGCGAGCUAG